AUGGGAACUUUGGUUCCUUCUAAUCUUUCCUCAGUAGAGGGAACACUUGUUCCUCCUGAAGCAGAAGACAAGUUGCUCCUUCACCCGCCUCUUGCGCUCCUUAUUUUUAUUAUAAUUCCUUGUGUAAUUCUGCUCUUUUGCCUAAAUUGCUUCCUGCUUAUACACCGCUUACCAGUUUUCUCUGCAAAUGCCAAAGCAAAGCGGAGGGGUGUCCCAAAACCUAAGCAUCCCCGUUAUAGGGUUAAUCAGAAUGGGCAUUACCGUUUGGCACCAAGACAUGUGGCCCCCUCCAGUAUGUCCCUCGGGGACAGACAUCGUGUAUCAGACACCAUUAGUAAAGGAUUAGAGGCUACAAUGGCGGUAGUGGGAGGUUGUCCAGAGUCUAUAGAUGAACCACAAACCCUAAAUGGCUGCCACAAGCGGUUUAGUCAAUGUACGUCUUGCUCUCGGCCCGCAGCCUGCAUAAUGCCCACGUCCACACCCUGUUGUUCGUGCUCCCGGAGAUUAUGGACCUCAAACUGCAGCAUAAAACCUCAGGAGAAGCUUAUGUGCACGAGCCACCAGGUGGAAGAUGACAUGGGAAGAGAAUGGUUCCAAUAUGCAAGAUCUUUCUGUGAAAAUGACACCCGACAUGAUGCAGUGCCGCCUAACAGCCCAGAAGCUGCAACCGUCCAAGCGGUUACUCCAAAAGUGAAAUUUUCCCAUACGACGAGCACUCAGAAGAAGACCCAGAGAGGCUUGGAACCUUUCACACCUUUGAGCUCAAUAAACUUUGAACGUACAGGAAUUUUACACCAGGAUGACUCUGCCCAGCUCUCCUAUUGCAGUGGCUUACAGGGGCCAGGCCUGGACAGUGACUUUGGUGUGAGCGCAGGAGUCUCCUUGCACAUCUUAUCUACUGACAGCGACAACAGUUCCCUGUCCUGGAUCUCUGGAAUGGAGUGGGAUUACUAUGACCCCUACUAUAUGCGUAGGACCCGACAUCGAAGGGACACCAGACAAAACCACCACCUCCCAGUACUUUGCAGCAAACAGUACUGGGUAUAAUCAACAGGUGGCAAGCCACUGAUACGUCAUCAUAACGUGACUCCCCAUGCAUGGUGUAUACAAUGCAAAUUUAUCAACUCCAUGUAUGCACGUAUAACAUUCUCAUAUUUCUCACACAACUGUUCAAUUCAAUCAAUCUCCCAACUAAAUUAUCCAGGAUUACUGGGGGGCAUUGAGCACUAGUCAAAGACAAAAGAGACCCAACUCCCAACACCAGCAUAAACCUAGCCAAUUAUAUACCACCUCCACCUUGCUCAUGUAGACCCCAGCAUCCCCCUUAACUGCACCACAACAUGCCCCUACCCUACACUUGCAUGGUACACCGGCCCAACCAUCACUUUCCCCAACACUGGCACAUAGGGCGCCUUCCCAAACACACACACAUAGAUCCACGUGUUAUACCACCAAUGCAGCAUCUUUAUGACCUGUCCCGUCCUUCACCAGUCUAUGGCACAUUCCUCCCAACCACUGCUUCCCCAACACCGGCACAUAGAGCAUCUUCCCAACCAAUCACACGUAGGCCUACGUGGUAUACCACCAUUGCAGCGUCUUUAGAACCUGCCCCAUCCCUCACAAGUCUAGGGUACAUCCCCCCAAUCACUGCUGCUUCCACAUGUACACUUCUAUCAUAUUCCCAACCAGUCACAGAAAGACCAUGUAGCUUAUCCUCAACUAGUUCCAUGCUGCCUAAUGCAGCAUCCCUACAACUUGCCACCACAUACCCACGCAUUACCUUUACAAUGCAUGUAGCCAGAGUCCUUAUUACACCUUGUAAUAGGGCCCACAUAAAACUGCUUCAUAUGGAUUGUUAUUGCAACAUCUUCACAAUUCCUCUCCCAAAGAGACAACUGCAUGAUCCCCAUCACCCACCUCCUCCAAUUGCAAGCAGAAAACUCUGCAACAUUCUUACAACUACACCACACCUACGGAGUGCACACCACCCGACCCCAAUUGCUCAAUCACCUCCACAUGUACAUUACACAACCCUCCAUCCCCACACACCCAACAAUGUGCAUUUUAUAUAGACCAUAGAUAUGUCUCCUUUGCGUUGUGCUUAGAGGAUCAAUGUGGCUUUUUCUUUCUUCUUUAUAUUCUUUA